AUGCUCCUUCAGAGCAGCGUCCAACGACGAGGCGAAGUUAACAAGGCCCCUAAAAAUGCCUGGGUUGUCAGAGGCUUCAGUCUCAUCGUGGCCACGCAAAGCCAAUUCAAAAGCACCACAAAAGUUUACCGAGCCAUCGGAUUUAGCAUCUCCAGCUUCACUUCCAGAAAUCUACCUACUACUAUCGCCAACCUCACUAUUUUCUUUGUCUCUCCUCUCUAA